AUUUAUUUAGGAAAACAAUUCUAAUAUGUUUACCCGGAUAGUGUAACUUCGGGUCGGGUUUUUGGCCCAAUAUCUAAGGCGGCGAAGAUCUAACUAAUGCUGGGGUUUAACAAAUCCACGAAGCUCCACCACCAUCACCUUUAAUGGCGACUCAUCAAUGGCGUCGGUUUGGCUUCCUACGUUCUCACUUCCAUUUCUAUCGUUUUGUAUCAUAUUCAUCAAUCUCACAAUCUAGUUACAUUCCUUCUUCGCAUCAUCGUCGCCGUGUUGUUGUCACCGGUUUAGGAAUGGUAACGCCUCUUGGCUGUGGAGUUGAGACAACUUGGAAGAAACUAAAUGAAGGUGAAUGCGGAAUCAGAAAAUUAGUUAUUGAUGAUCUUAAGUUGGAUGGAUUUGAUGCUGAUACUCGAGCUCAUGUUUAUGAUCAAUUAACUUCUAAAGUUGCUGCUAUUGUACCUUCUGGUAAUCAGCAUGGUCAAUACAAUGAAGAUUUGUGGAUUAAGGAGCAUAGGUCAGUUUCAAGGUUUAUAGGGUAUGCACUAUGUGCUACUGAUGAAGCACUUAGAGACUCAAAUUGGCUUCCAACAGAACAGAUUGAUAAAGAAAGAACUGGGGUAUCCAUUGGUGGUGGUAUGGGGAGCAUGUCUGACAUUGUAGAUGCUGCACAGUUGAUAUGUGAAAAGCGCCUUCGGCGGCUGAGUCCUUUCUUUGUUCCUAGGAUAUUGAUCAAUAUGGCUUCUGGUCAUGUAAGCAUGAAGUAUGGAUUUCAGGGACCAAAUCAUGCUGCUGUGACAGCUUGUGCGACUGGAGCACAUUCCAUUGGAGACGCUGCUCGCAUGAUUCUAUUUGGAGAUGCAGACGUCAUGGUGGCUGGAGGAACAGAGGCCAGUACUGAUGCCUUAUCCAUUGCAGGAUUUUGCAGGCUGAAAGCUUUGUCCACAAAGUACAACUCUGCCCCAUGGGAAGCCUCUCGACCUUUUGAUUGUGGACGUGAUGGGUUUGUAAUUGGUGAAGGCUGCGGUGUUAUGGUACUGGAGGAACUUCGACAUGCGAAGGAGCGUGGGGCAAAAAUUUAUGCGGAGCUUUGUGGCUAUGGGAUGUCAGGUGAUGCACAUCAUAUAACUCAACCUCAUAAUGAUGGAAGAGGCGCCAUUCUGGCUAUGACUAGUGCUUUGAAGCAGUCAGGUAUUCACCCUAAACAAGUGGAUUAUGUAAAUGCUCACGCUACAUCAACACCUUUAGGUGAUGCCAUAGAAGCCGCUGCCAUCAAAGUAGCAUUUGGUGAGCAUGCCAAAUCUGGUGCUUUGGCAUUAUCUUCGACAAAGGGUGCCAUUGGACAUCUUUUAGGGGCAGCGGGAUCUGUAGAAGCCAUUUUCACUGUCUUAGCUAUUCAUAAUGGAAUUGCACCAUUAACUCUCAAUCUUUCCCAGCCAGAUUCUGUAUUUUCCGACGGUUUCAUGCCAUUAACUGCAUCUAAACAAAUGAGUAUUAGGACAGCUAUGUCGAAUUCUUUUGGUUUUGGGGGAACAAACACAUCGUUGUUGUUUACUAAAAGCUCUUGAAUUUUUAGGAAAAAACUUGCUAAAAUUUUGACUUCGCCUUUACUCUCGUUUGCGUGAUUGUCAAAUUCUUUUGGCUUCAAAGGAAUAUCAUAUACUUCAUAUGACUACUAACAGAA